GUAGAAUGCUCAGAGCCGGCUUGCCAGCAAGAUGCCUACCCAGACUAGCUCGACGUGCCCAGGACCAGAUCGUGGAGCCUAGCUCCGUACGUAUUGUCGACAUCCAUGCCAUCGUCAUCGUAAGGAUUUCCCCCUCUAAUAGUCAGGAUAUGGUAGCUAUAGCAAUUAUCCCAUCCCGUGUGCACAGUCGUUUGGGCGCCAGCAAAAUCGGCCCGUCAAACGAGUUUGGCCAUAUCAGACUGGCUAUACCAACCAUGAGUACGCUAACUACCUUGCUACUAGAGUAGUCAAACGAGAAUCUCCAACCGGCUGUCUUGGCUGGCUCUCAAGCUCGUUUGCAGUCUUCUUGAGAAGAAGCGCUAUACUCUUUGUCCCGAAAUGACACCUACAAUACCGAGCAGGUAUGUACGGGCCUAUACAACAGGUUCCUGGCAACUUUCAGGUAGGGUGGAUUGUGUUCUUCAGCAUUGGAAACCUACCCAAGACAACUGGGGUAGGCCAGGUACGUAAGCAGGGAUUAAGCUUUGACAAGGAAGCCAGCCCAGUUU